GUAUAUAUAAUUAAAUAUAUAAAGAGAUCGUUAAUUGUUUUUUUCAAGUACUUGAACUUGAAACACAGUAAAGAGCAUGUCGCCUGUGUCGAUAUUGAUAUUGAUAAUUUUAUUAGGCGAAGUGUAUGCGUAUAACAUACGAGACACCGAGAUAAUAUUGUUACCGAUAUGGUACUCAAAAGGUGCAGCAAAGAUUCCCUUAACAUUCAAAGUCUUUGGUCAAUUAAUCGAAUUGAAUCUACGUAGAAACGAUAAUAUUGUAUCGUCUCAGUUUCAAGUUUGGAAACACAAUGUAAACAGUAGCACGGAGGAAUUGUCGCAGCUAAAUAUACCAGAUCCUUGCUAUUACCUUCACAAGAGUCAUAUCGGUUCAGCAGCUAUAAGUUUUUAUCAAGAGCAUGGAUUGGUCAGUAUUUUUUGGAGAAAUUUAAAUAGAGAUAGGCCAAUAAACGGUCAAAGCAUCUUAAUGCUUAUUAUGUAACUUCUCAGAUAGCACAAAAUAUUUAUAAAAUAUUUAUAAAAAGGAAAAAUAUUUAUAAUAAAUUUUGUACAUAUUUUUAUGUCCAAAUUUGCCAGGUAUAAAAAAAAUUAUGAUAAAUAUUUAU